AUGGCUAACCCUCCCCACGGCGGCGUCCUCAAGGACCUGAUUGCCCGCGAUGCCCCGCGACGACAGCAACUGUCGGAAGAGGCCGAGCGCCUCCCAGCAGUCGUGCUCAACGACCGCCAGCUCUGCGACUUGGAGCUGAUCCUCAAUGGAGGCUUCUCGCCGCUCGAGGGUUUCAUGAGCGAGAAGGACUACAAUGGCGUGGUGGAGAACAACCGUCUCGCGGACGGCAACCUGUUCUCCAUGCCGAUCACCCUCGACCUGAACCAGGCAGAGAUUGAACAGCUUGGAAUCAAGGCUGGAGCGCGCAUCACUCUCCGCGACUCAAGAGACGACCGCAACUUGGGCAUACUGAACGUUGAGGAUGUUUACAAGCCAAACAAGGACAAGGAAGCCAAGGAAGUCUUUGGCGGCGACCCAGACCACCCGGCUGUCAAAUACCUCUUCAAGCAGACUGGAGAGUACUAUGUCGGUGGUAAGAUCGACGCCAUCGACCGUCUCAUGCAUUACGACUACGUUGGCCUGCGCUACACACCCGCAGAGCUCCGCCUGCACUUUGACAAGCUCGGCUGGUCCAAGGUUGUCGCAUUUCAGACCAGAAACCCAAUGCACCGUGCUCACCGUGAGCUUACAGUCCGCGCUGCUCGCCAACGUCAAGCCAACGUCCUCAUCCACCCGGUCGUCGGUAUGACCAAGCCCGGUGACAUUGACCACUUCACCCGUGUUCGUGUCUACCAGGCUCUGCUUCCACGUUACCCCAACGGUAUGGCUGUGCUUGGUCUGCUCCCACUCGCUAUGCGUAUGGGUGGUCCUCGUGAGGCUGUAUGGCACGCCAUCAUCCGCAAGAACCACGGAGCUACCCACUUCAUCGUUGGUCGUGACCACGCAGGUCCAGGCAAGAACAGCAAGGGUGAGGAAAUUUACGGCCCAUACGAUGCACAGUACAUGGUCGAGAAGUACCGCGAUGAGCUCGGCAUUGAGGUGGUGCCAUUCCAGCAGAUGACUUACCUCCCCGACACCGACGAGUACCGACCAAAGGACGAGGUGCCAAAGGAGGUCAAGACUCUUGACAUUUCCGGCACCGAGCUCCGUCGCCGUCUACGAACUGGUGGUGACAUUCCAGAGUGGUUCUCAUACCCAGAGGUCGUCAAAGUCCUUCGCGAGUCGCACCCACCUCGCAACAAGCAGGGUUUCACAGUCUUCCUUACCGGCUACACUAACUCCGGCAAGGACGCCAUCGCUCGCGCAUUGAACGUCACCCUAAACCAGCAAGGUGGCCGAUCCGUCUCCCUCCUCCUAGGUGAGACAGUCCGCUCCGAGCUCUCCUCCGAACUCGGCUUCAACCGCGAGGACCGCGACAAAAACAUUCAACGCAUCGGCUUCGUAGCCUCAGAACUCACCCGUUCAGGCGCCGCCGUCAUCGCUGCGCCCAUCGCCCCUUUCACCGAGUCCCGCAAGGCCGCUCGCGAAAUCGUCGAGAAGCACGGCUCCUUCUACCUCAUCCACGUCGCCACUCCCCUCGAAUACGCCGAGAAGACCGACAAGCGCGGCAUCUACGCCAAGGCUCGCCGUGGUGAGAUUAAGGGCUUCACGGGUGUUGAUGACCCGUACGAGGCACCGAAGGAUAAGGAGGCGGAUCUUGUGGUUGAUAUUAGCAAGAUUAAUGUCCGAACUGCUGUGCACCAGAUUGUGCUUCUGCUUGAGGCUGAGGGGCUGCUUGAUCAGUUGUGA